GCAGUCAGGGGUGGUGCACCGGUUAGUCCCAGGUAAGUGGGAUCCGCGACCAAAGCGGGGCAGCUCCUCUGUAAAGAAAGAGAGAGCAUUACAUUUUAUUGCAGCUGCACUGUGUACUUUCGCUUUUGUUUUCUGUGUUUCUUUUGUUGUGUCAUUUCGCUUUUGUUUUUUGUGCUUCUUUUGUUGUUGUGACGACAGGGACGCUCCCCUGUAAAAGGAAGAGAGCGGGGAAUUCAUAGAACGGAACGCUCCCCUGUAAAAGGAAGAGAGCGGGGACUUUUGUACUUUCACUUUCUUUAUAGCUCUAAAAACAUUAUGGGUGUUGCUUCUUCAAGCCCAAUUUUGUUGGCCCUAGAUGGGUUGUUACAUUCAAAAGGACUUAAGAUAAAGCAGAGUACUUUGCAGAUGUUUUUAAGAGAAGCUGAUAUAGCGGCUCCUUGGUUUGCUUUUUCAGGGAGUCUUACGGUUCCCAGCUGGGACAAAUUAGGGAAAGAUCUAGAUUUCGCUGAUGAGCAAGGUACCUUGCAGGGUGGCAUUAUACCACUUUGGAAGUUAGUUAGAGGAUGUAUAACAGAUGGUAAAUGCCAGGAAGCUGUGAGUGAGGGUCAAGCUAUUCUUGAGCAGCUGCAUGAGGGAAAAUCUGAAGGAUCAUGUAGUGAAGUGGCAGAGAGUAUUAAAAGUAACAGUAGUGAGAAGGCAAAAGAGCCUGAAGAUAAAAAUAGGAGAAGGCUCUACCCAGACUUGACCGAAUUAAAAACGCCUGAGAACACAAGCGACUCAGAGAGUUCUGAGGACCUUGAUAUAUUGUUACAACAACUACAUAAGAUAAAAAUGAAAAAGAAGAAAAAGGAGACACAGGGCACGCAGGCCUACUGUAAGAAGGGGAAGGGAGUUAACAUUGGUCAACAAAACUCUGAGGAGGAGGAGGUAGAAUAUCUAGAAGAAGAUAUGGUGCCGAUUGCCCCACCUCCGUAUGUGGGGGGGAACCAAGGUUCCGGGAGAUCUUUUCAUGCACAAGUUUGGAGGACAGUUAAUACAGAUAUGGGACUUGCAUACGUUGUAUUUCAGGACAAUAACAGGGGAAGAUAUCAUGAGCCUUUAGACUUUAAGAUAAUUAAAACCUUGGCAGAAUCUGUCCGCACUUAUGGCAUAGAUGCCACUUUCACUCUCACUCAGGUGGAGGGACUUACUAGAUUUUGCAUGACUCCCUCAGAUUGGGCUAGUCUAGUCCGCGCUUGUGUUUCCCCAGGGAAAUAUUAGGAGUCCAAAGUUGGCUGUUUAAUGUUUCUGGCAGUACCCAAGACUCGGAG